ACAAUUUAGAAAGAUGAGAGAGAGGGGAGUGUGUUUACUCUCUGCCAAGCAGAUGGGACGAGGUGGACAAAGGAACAGUUCCAUCAGGAAUUUGAAUCCGUGGCAGAGAUCCCAAACGUUUGGAAGCAAACAAUUUACAUUAGACGUAGAGAAAUGGAUGUCAUUUGCCUUGAUGAUAGCAGCUCAAUAUCAGGAAUUGGUGAAAGUGAAGUGGACUCAUCUAUGGAUUUCCAACCAAAGAGAUCCAGAAGUUUAGGAAGAUGUACAGACCAAAGUGUAGUGAGGGGCUUAGGUUCAGGCCAGCAUGCUGGGAGAUCAGAAAGCGCUGAUCAAGUUCCAGAGCAAAGUGCAAGUGGGUACACUCCUCCAGAACUUGUUGCAGAGAAACCCAUCCAGGAAGGCAUAGGAUCUGCAGAAAAAGAUAGAUGUCCACAAAAUCAAGUGUUUUAUGUGUCGUCAAAUGUUGUAACCAUAUUACCAUCAUUGUAUGUUCCGCGCCUCCCAUAUGUGGACGAGUCGCAAAUCCAUUUCAAAGAAGAGAACCUGCUGGGUGAAGGUGCAUUUGGAAGAGUGUAUAGAGGCUACUUUCAGGGCACCCCUGCUGCCAUUAAAAAGAUUCUCUAUGGCACUGCAGGACUUCCAGACCAAGAUAUCCAGCACGAGAUUCUGGUCUCACUCAGACUGAGCCACCCCAAUAUUGUUCGACUCAUGGCUGCAGCCCGCACUGACAAUGCCUUCCUGCUGGCCAAUGAGUAUAUACACGGCACAACCCUGGAGGAUGCACUACACAAUGACCAAUUCUUGUGUUAA